UUGAGUCUUUGAGAGUCAAGAGAGAGUCCAAAAGAACCUGAGGUGAAAAAGAUAACGAUGAACAAGAUCAAGAAGGAUAUUGAAGAUGGAAUAAAGCUGAUAUGCAAGAAGGUCAACCUACAAGAUCUGAAACCUGGCGAUCACAUUUACGCUUAUAAGCAAUACGGCUUUUAUAGUCACCAUGGAAUAUAUGUGGGAGGCGGUUAUGUGAUUCACUUCAAAAGCCCAGCAAACAAGGUGGCCAUCCUCUCACUUUCCAGAGUUGAACCAAGAACCGCAACCACCUGUCCGGAAUGUGGGUACCGGGAAAACACUGGCCGUGGGGUCAUUAAAACGUGCCUUGAUUGCUUCCGUCGAGACGGCAACACUCUUCAGUCCAUUCAUUACUUCAUGUAUGGCGUACCCCUAUUAAGCUUUCUCCUGAAGAAAAGGGGAAGUUGCAGCACCAUUACUUGUACCAGAUCCCCAGAAAAAGUUGUUGAAGCUGCUUAUGAGCUUCUCAGGAGCGAUGGAUUUGGUCAGUAUGAUCUUACUAGUAAUAACUGUGAACAUUUUGCGACUUACUGUCAGACGGGCGUACGUGCCAGCAUGCAGACAACACUUGUGCCGCUUGUUGGAUGAAGUACAGAGAGCUGAAGAACCAACCGCCCAUGAAGUUCGGAAAGUAGUCUUAUUUCCUCUUGCAAUUUCUGCUUAAUCUGAGAAUGCUCGCAUUUGGCAGAUUUGUACAAAUUUGAGAUGCUCCGUCCAUGUCAAAAGUAGAGGAAUGUGGAUUUUGGUUCAUAUCUUCAAGUAGAAGCACAAUGCAAUA